ACGAGUGAAUAUCUAAAAAAAAAUUUGAAAAAAUGAAUUCAGCAAUCAUUAUGGUCGCCCUUAUCGGGUAUGUGUCGUGUGGUGUUAUCAAUUAUGCCGCACCAGUUGUCGGUGUUCUUGAGUCCGGAGCCUCAUCUCAAUUCCGUAGCCAAGAUAAUGUCGGUAACUAUGCUUUCGGAUACAAUGAAGAUCACGCAACUGGUGGUACCUUCAGACGAGAACAGGGAGCUCCCGGUGUUCAGGUUGGAUCAUACGGUCUCAGAGAUGCUGACGGAAGAGUACGUGUAGUCAACUACGUUGCCGAUGCCGCCGGUUUCAGAGCUAAUGUGCAAUCCAACGAACCCGGUGUYGAGCCCAAGGAUCCCGCAAAUGUGUUGAUCAAUAAAGCUCAGGCUAUUGUUGCCGCCGCCGCCCCAGUAGUUGCUGCUCCCCUCGCAGCUCCCGCUUUGACCCACUACUCUGCCCCAGUGGUUGCUCACACCGCAUACGCUGCUCCAGCUGUUCUGUCAGCUCCAGUCCAGAGCCACUCAUACUCGGUUUCAACCCAACACGUUAGCCACGCUCCGGCCUUUACCACCCAUGUGGCCGCUGCUCCGUUGGCCGCACCAUUGAUUGCUGCUCCGGCCACCUACACCCACGCUCACUUGGCUGCCCCGGUUGCCUAUGCCACUAAGACCGUCCACGCGGCUGCACCUCUGAUUGCCAGUCACUGGUAAACUUUGUAUUUCAGAUAAUUGCCUGAAAAAGACGUUUACAUCCGAAUGAAUACCUGUUCUUCUAUGUGUUUCUUC